CGGCAGUCCAGAAUCAUGGAUCGAUCUUUCACUUGUUCCUGCUCGUGCUGGCAGGCAGCCGGGGCGGUCAGUUACGAGUCAGCCUAUUGAUUAUGUCUGACGCCGCCUUCACCAUGGGUGGCUUCUUCCUUCACGUUCAAUCGUUUGCUUCAUCGAAGCUCAUCCAGUCUUUACUUUCCCUUCUUUGACUUUUCGACCUUCUCUUCUCUUCUCACUCGCUUCCUUUCUUAGUCACAUCAUGAAGUUUUUCUCAACUGUUGGAGCUGUGCUCCUUCCUUUCAUUGCGGCAACCGCUGGCGGCAUCCAGUUCAACCCGGAAGAUGAGGCUUCUAUUCGCAGCGUCACCAGGCAAUAUGCUUACGGCUUAAUGUCGCUCUACCAAAACAAUGCUACAAACACCCCAGCAGAAGACGUCGGGAUUCUGCCGAAGCCGCACUACUGGUGGCAGGCCGGUGCAGCCUGGGGAGGUGUCAUCGAGUACACCCAGUUUACAGGCGACAACUCGCAUGUGAAGGCACUUCAGCAAGCCUUGACGGCCAACUACGGCCCGAACAACGACUUCAUCCUGUCAUAUCGAAAGGGUCAAACAGGCAACGAUGACCAGGCUUUCUGGGCCCUCGCCGCCAUGAGUGCGCUCGAAUACCAGUUUCCCGAUCCCGACCAGGCCCCUGCAGCUUACCUCGAAGUCGUUACCAACGCCUUCAACAACAUCGUCGGACGAUGGGACGAGACCACAUGUGGCGGAGGCUUGAAAUGGCAGAUCUAUCCCGAGAAUGCCUACGGAUACAAUUAUAAGAACUCCAUCAGCAACGGAUGUGCCUUCGCGUUGGGUGCACGUCUUGCUCGAUACACCGGCGAGCAGAAAUAUGCGGACUGGGCUGUCAAGAUCUACGAUUGGACCAAGAAGGUUGGACUCAUCUCCGACAAAUACGAGGUCUUCGACGGCACCGAUGACAAGAAGAAUUGCGCAGCGGUUGCCGACAAAACCCAGUGGACCUACAACAAUGCCAUGUUCUUACACGGUUCAGCCUUCAUGUUUGAUCAGACCAAGGGCGACAGUGUCUGGCAGGAACGUACGACCGGCUUCUUGAAGCACGCCGAGCUGCUCUUCUUCCGCCCUUUCGAGAACGCAACCGACAUCAUGUAUGAGUGGGCCUGUGAAACUGGCGAAUCAGGAAGACACUGCAACCUGGAUCAACAGUCGUUCAAAGCCUACCUCUCCCGUUUCUUGGCGAAGACGGCCGUUAUGGCUCCUUUCACCAAGGAUACGAUUACCAAGUACCUGAAGGCGUCCGCUAUUGGCGCUGCAAAGUCUUGCUCAGGCGGAGCUGAUGGGGCAACAUGUGGUAGCAAGUGGUACACUGGUAGCUGGGACGGGACAUCUGGCGUCGGUCAGCAGCUCUCGGCGUUGGAGGUCACCCAGGCACUUUUGAUGAUCAAGAAAGGCACUCUUCCAGUGAAGAAAAGUGAGGCCCAGCCAAAGCCAUCCGCGACUAUUCUCCCGAGCCCUAGCUCAACGCCACUUGCCACGCCUACCCCGGCUCUUCCCAGCAAAGCCCUUUCGUCCGGCAAAGCCUCAGUAUCAACUUCCUCUGCGGUCGAAGUAGUGUAUCCCACUUCAAAGAUCCCCGAAGUUGUGCAUACCUCGUCGAAGAUCCCCGAAGCUGUACCUCAACCGACUCCAUCUUCGAAGACCCCCGACGUUGUGGCUGCACCAAGUCCCUCUUCGAAGGCCCCCGAAGUUGUCCCUGCACCAAGCCCCUCUUCGAAAAUCGCUGAGGCUGUGCCAAAACCAAGUAUAAUCGGUUCAUCCAGCUCCAGCUCCAUCCGGCCUUCAGCUAUCGUAACCCCGAGUCCAUCCUCAACGCUUGCGGCAACAAGCCAGCCUGGCGGCGAAUUCCAAGAGGGCAAGCCGACUUCAAGUGCAUGCGCCAAGUCUGGAGGCGUGUGCACCUGCACUCCAAGCACGACGAUCACUGUCUAUGUUCCCGCAGCGUCCCAGACUACGGUGGCUGUUGUGCCGCCCACCUCGUCGAAGUUGAUCCCGGUUGCGCCACCUGCUAACAGCAGCUUCCCCAACCCGAAUCAGCCAGAAGAGUUCUUGGGUGCGGCUGUCAACGUCAAAGUGACGGGCUGCUCGUUGUUGGGCGCGUUGUUUGUGGCAUUUGUUGCUGGGCUGCUAUAGAGCGCCGAAUUCUCUUUGCCUAGUGCCUCUCUUCUUUCUUGGUCCCUAGGGGACAUUCAUUGAUGCUGUAGAUAUACCUUCUCCACUUGUUUUAUAUCCCAUCACCGACCGGCAUAGACUUUCCAUGUCAGGACGGCGAGAACCAGUCUACGAUGGUUCAUACAUAGAUGAGAUUAUAAUUGAGUUCUCGACACUUUUGAGAGCUGAUUACCCAAUAAUAUUUGAGUUUACACCCACCAUGG